AAUAGUGGAGUUCGUCAGUAGCGUUUGGCACAUUUGCCGUCCGAAUCCCACCCUCGCGUGUUUGUAUUUUCCUUGGCGCAAACAGUAACGCCUGCUCUCUCUACCUGUAUCUGUCUCUGCCAGGGACCUUAUUGUUACCCAAAAUUCUGACUCCUCCACGGUCGUGUUCUGUUCUGUCCUUGUUGUCCAUUUCUUCUUCGGUCCUUGUCUCUUGCUCUUUUGAAACCAAAUCAGACACAAAAGGGGUGCCACUGAGAAUAAGUGCGGGUGAUGAAGAGGCAUAGGAAUGGGGAAAUCUGGGACUUCGAGCACGAAUUGCCAGCGGUGGCAGCCAAUCAGUGCGGGGUAGAUGUCGUGCUUGGAUUGGACGGCGGCACGACCUCGACCGUGUGCGUAUGUAUGCCCGUCAUUCCCUGUUCACACUCUCAUUUUCCUGACCCUCUCCCCGUCCUCGCUCGCGCUGUUGCCGGCUGCUCCAACCACAACAGUGUAGGCGAAACUGCCGCAAGGGAAACUUUGGAGCAAGUUAUGGCAGAUGCACUUGCAAAGUCAGGUUUAAAUCGGACUGCCGUUCGAGCUGUUUGUCUAGCUGUAUCUGGAGUUAACCAUCCCACGGAUCAGCAAAGAAUUAUAGAUUGGCUUAGUGAUAUAUUUCCCAGCCGCGUACAACUAUAUGUUCAGAAUGAUGCCGUUGCAGCUCUAGCAAGUGGGACUAUGGGAAAGCUUCAUGGUUGUGUUUUAAUUGCUGGUACAGGGACCAUUGCUUAUGGAUUCACAGAAGAUGGUCGUGAAGCUCGGGCUGCUGGUGCAGGUCCCAUCUUAGGUGAUUGGGGAAGUGGAUAUGGAAUAGCUGCGCAGGCAUUAACUGCCAUCGUAAGGGCUCAUGAUGGUCGCGGUCCACAUACAAUGCUUACAAGUUGUAUUUUACAGACGCUUGACCUUGUUUCUCCAGAUGAACUCAUUGGGUGGACCUAUGCAGAUCCAUCCUGGGCUCGCAUUGCAGCACUGGUUCCAGUUGUUGUUUCUUGUGCGGAGGCAGGUGAUGAGGUUGCAAAUACGAUCUUGCUAGAUUCAGUCCAAGAGCUGGCUUCAAGCGUGAAAGCUGUUGUUCAAAGACUUGGUUUGUGUGGUGAAGAUGGGAAAGACUAUUUUCCGCUUGUAAUGGUUGGUGGCGUUCUUGAAGCAAAUAAGAGAUGGGAUAUAGGGAAGGAAGUCAUGAACUACAUCUCGAAGGACUACCCUGGGGUACAGGCAAUUAGGCCGACGGUGGAGCCUGCAGUUGGGGCUGCUCUGCUAGCCUGGAGUUUCUUCAUGAAAGAAUCCAAGAAAAGUUCAUAGAAGCUAAAGGUCAGUGAUUCAAAACAAUUCAUUAAUUGUACAGUGACCGGGACAGAGGCUACUGUAAAAGAAGUAUGCGUUGUGUAAUUGAAAAUAAUGAUGAUUAUCCAUAUUUUCUCCUUACAGUGGAAGGCAUUUAUACUCAUGAAAUGCUUAUAGUGAUUUGAACAAAAUAAUUUAACUGUGCUAAAAGUGAGUGAUUUAUUUUGUUGCCUAA